GUGAUUUCAGAGGAGCCCUGAGAAUCAGCAGCCCAUAAUUCAUUUAGAGCAAACAGUACAAUGCGUUAAGUGCCGACGCUUUGAGCGCGCAUUGUCCUCUGUGAGAGGUUGAAACGGGGCAGGGUAAAAGAGACCCAGCAGGCUGUGCUUUUAAAAGACCCGAGGAGACUAUAAAACUGGUUUCAUGCCCGCUGCUGUAAAGGAUCGGCUGGAUAUGAGCACAGAGACACGGAGUGAAAAGGAUGAGCGUCUUCUCCAGCAGACCCGGCGCAGUUUGACACGUUUCCCGAGCUGGAUUCACUAACCGGUUUGUUUUCCAACCGGGGGCUCAUUAAAACAGUUCUGGUCUUACUUUUGAUGCCACGGAAAUGGGAUCGCACCAGCGAGAGAGCGUGUCCGCGCUUUGCAGGAAAAGUUUGCUUUGGACUGUGCUGAUACUCUGGAUGACCGCGCUGGUUAACGGGACCUGGAAGACCGGACUUUACAAAACCUAUUCAGUCGGGACGCAGCUGAACAGAGACCAGACAGCAGCCUCGCACACCUCAGUCUAUCAGAAAAGGAACUGGUGUCCUCAUACGGUCACUAAGACAGUGACCUGCCAGGUGCAGAAUGGGACAAUUCUCCAGCGGGUGUAUCAGACAUGCCGCUGGCCACAGGGAUGUGCAGGAGGCAGCUACAAAACCGUGGUCAGGCCUUCUUACAAAGUGGUGUACCGCACUGUGACUUCUCUGGAGUGGAAAUGCUGCCCAGGAUUCAGCGGUGCUGCUUGUGAAGAAGAUGCAGGAAACGGGCUUGUAGCUCAAGAGGCAUUAAGAAAACCAUCUACUCUACGCCGGCCACCUGCACGCACAGGAGAGACGAUCUCCAAUUGUCUCAACUGCAGUCGAAUCACUGCUUUGAGUGACAGGCUGAACACACUGGAGGAGAAGGUCCAAUUACUCACAGCACCGGCCUCCAUAUCACAUCGCCACCUUCAGGGUGAAGGGGGAACUGCUCGAGAGGCCUCAUUACUGAUGGGGGCUGUGCCUGCUCAGGGAGCUCCUGGUGAGCAGGGACCUGCAGGUCCUCAGGGCGAAAAGGGAAGAGAUGGAGUUCCUGGCAUAGAUGGGAAGCCAGGGUCUCGAGGGCUGCCAGGUCCCAUUGGGCCUCGAGGGGAGGCUGGGGCAAGGGGCCCAUCUGGAGCCCCUGGAUCAAAAGGACCAGCAGGCCCCCGUGGUCCACCAGGACUUCCAGGAGGGAGAGGUCUCCCAGGACCGCCUGGUCCACCAGGGCCCCCAGCACCAGCCAGUGCCCGCAUCCCAGAACCAGACCACAAUCGCGGAAAAGACCCCUUUUUCACCAACACCUUUCAUGAUUCUCGAGGGAUACCUGUUCCAGGACCUCAGGGGCCUCCCGGGCCUACUGGUCCCCCAGGUCCUAAAGGCCCAGUAGGACCUCCUGGUCCACCAGGACAAAAUGGAAAACCUGGAGCGCCUGGAACGCAGGGCCCCGUGGGGCCAAAGGGAGAACGUGGGGAGAGAGGUCUUUCAGGUUACCCUGGAGAGAGGGGCUUGAGAGGCGAGCCGGGAGCACCAGGACCAAAAGGAGAACCAGGAGAGAAGGGCUUGCCGGACAUUAGCUUGCAGAUGUUCCACAACUUGCAGGCAGACCUUGAGGUUCUGACUCGCAGGGUGACACUGCUGGAGGCUAUCAUCUGGCCAGAGCCUGAUCUAGGGUCUGGGGAUGGACCGUUUGGCACAUCCUCCACUAGUUUCUACAGAGAUAAGCGAUCAGGUUCACUUCCACAUCGACUUGGUUCUCCUCUGUCCUCCAACACCAAGGUUCCAGGAAAGUAGCCACUCCCUGGCUCACCCUGAGGAUCACAGGCGGGGUUGACUUCCCCUCCUAUAAGUCUCAUCGGCACUCAACACAAUUAGACGGUAACUGACACCCUCUCUGGGCUGUACCAUCUAAUUUAGGAUGGGGGACACCUCAGGGAAACUUCACUGGUACUCGACAAUACCCUGUUUCAUCAGGAACCUGAGAACUAGUUUGAACCCCAUCCAUCGCCAUAACCAAACAAUUU